AAAAGCAUUGAAAGUUUUUUCUUUUCUUUUCUUUUCCAUUACUAUUUUCUCACAUUCAAAAAAAAUGGUUAACGCUGUUGCUGUUCUCAAGGGUACCGAUGUCUCUGGUGUCGUCAAGUUCACUCAAGCUACUGAAAAUGAUCCCGUCCUUAUUGAAGCCAACUUCACCGGUUUGAAGCCCGGUAAACACGGUUUCCACGUUCACGAGUUUGGUGACAAUACCAAUGGCUGUAUCUCUGCUGGUCCUCACUAUAACCCUCAUGGCAAGACCCACGGUGCUCCUGAAGCCGAAGUUCGUCAUGCUGGUGACUUGGGCAACAUUGUUGCUAACGAAAAGGGUGAAGCCUCUUUGAAGAUUGAAGACUCUCAUGUCAAGUUGAUUGGCCCUUACUCUGUCAUUGGUCGUACCAUUGUCAUCCACGCCGAUGAAGAUGACCUCGGUCUUGGUGGCCAUGAAUUGUCUCUUAGCACUGGUAAUGCUGGUGACCGUUUGGCCUGUGGUGUCAUUGGUGUUACUAAAUAAAGUGGACACGCUGCACACGCAUACCCUUUUUUUUUAAAAAAAAAAAAAAAUAAAGUUUUGUUUAUUUAUGCAA